UCAGCCUGUUCCCCUCAAAUAGAGUCAUUCGGGUAUCGUCCAUGAUUCACUUCCCUUGCUCAGCCUGAUCUCAAUUCUCUCUCUCUCUUUUCCCCUCCGAAUCUGCCUUCGCUAAAUCAGUCUCUAUGACGUCUGAUACAUACCAUCCUAAUAAGACCUUCAAGGACGUUGUUAGGCACUUUGCUCCAGCAUGGUUCGCCGUCAUCAUGGGUACAGGCGCCAUUGGCACCCUAUUCCAUGCUUUCCCCUACGGCACUGGUUCUCAGGGAUUAAGAAUAAUGACACUCAUAUUCUUUUUCCUCAAUUUAUGUCUUUUCAUCGUCUUCUGCGCCAUCUCCCUCGUCCGUUAUAUCACGUUCCCCGACAUCUGGGGUAUCAUGAUCCGGCACCCUGUCCAGAGUCUUUUUACCGGUACUUUCCCUAUGGGCGCCAUCACGAUCUUGAACAUCGCUGUCAGCCUUAUACACGACGACUACGGUUUUGGUGGUGAGCCAUUCUUGUACGUCCUGUGGGCCUUCUGGUGGUUGGACGUGAUAAGCUCCUUCCUUUGCUGCUUUGGCGUCAUGCAUUUUAUGGUCACGGCUCAGAAGCACUCGUUAGAGUCCAUGACAUCCGUUUGGCUUCUACCCGUAGUCACCUUGAUUGUCGCAUCAGCAGGUGGUGGAGUGAUAGCUCCCUCGUUGUACAAGUAUUCGGUGAACCAUGCAGUUAUCACUGCUACGUUCUCCAUAUUCAUGGUAUCCAUCGGUCUCUCCAUUGCCUUGAUGAUGUUGACCGUGUACCUGCUCCGUCUUGUCGUCCAUGGCCUUCCAGCUGGUGCGGGAAUAACAUCCGUGUUCCUGCCCCUCGGUCCCACAGGCCAGGCAGGAUACUCCAUACUACUACUUGGGCAAUUCUUCAAAUCCGCAUUGCCUCUUCACUACGGAGAUUCCGAAUUAUUGAAUGCUGAGGCGACUGGGGCCACGGUUCAUGUUAUCUGUACCAUCAUUUCCUUGGUUCUAUGGUCCCUUGCAUCCAUGUGGUUAUUCUUUGCCGUUCUCGGUGUACAGAAUGUCCUCCGUCAAACUCGGAUACCCUUCAAGGUACAAAUAUGGGGCAUCAUUUUCCCGAACGGUGUAUACGCAAACCUUACUCUGAGUCUCGCAAGCACUUUUGACUCACCGUUCUUCCGCGUCUGGGGUUCGAUUUACUCUGUCGCGACGUUGAUUGUCUGGUGCUUAGUUGCGUCACGCACGGUCAUGCUGGCAUGGAACAAGGAGAUUUUUGAGGCUCCGUGCUUGGGUGACAUAGAUAUGGCUCAGAAGUGCAAGGAGAAGGAUCUGCAGGCAGCGAAUCCCGGCUGCACCAACGGAAGUAGUAGUACCGAUACUGUACAUUUAACGUGACCUGCUUUAUCACACAUUAGAUAGGAUGAGAAAUUUUUGUAUUCAUACCGUGACUUGUUCACUUGAAUUCGGAGUGAAGAACAUUUGGUUGACACGGGAAAAACGACGAUUUCCGAAUUCGGCACUCUGCCGACGCUCUUGUCGUCCUGCACUCAUGAUCCCGGCACGACAGCCCUCCCUGCCCUGGGC